AUGGACUGCUCACCUUCGCCUCCAAGGCCCCAAUCACCACCGUUGUCCCCACCACCACGUCGUUCGCGCAGACGGCGGCGGUUCUCAGACCCCUUCGCGCGCGGCCACGGCUACAACGCUGACAGAGACCACAGUUAUCCGCUUGAGCGUGUGCAGUCGCACGGCCAAGGACACAGCGACAACCACGACCAGAGCCAGGAGAAUGACGCCCCGCCCGCCAAAAAGACCGUCCGCUGGGGUCCCGUCACCGAGAUUGAGAGCUAUGCAAGACCCGAUAGUGCUGACGCCGUGCCCCCAUCAUCGUGCGGAGUCGCAGUCAAGUCAUGCUUGAAACCGCCCACUGCCUCGGAUCAGGAGAUGGUCCAGAGGAACCUUCGGGCCAUGGUGGACGAGUCCACCAAGCGUCUGGACAUGUACUACGACGCCAUGGAGUACUUUUCCGGUGACGUGGUUCUGGACGAGGUCAUGUGUCAGGACGAGGGACACCUGUUCCAAAAGGCAAGGAGACAAUCUUUGAAAGAUACGUUCGGCUUCGUCAGGUCGCGAUCUCAUUCUCCAUCCAGGUCCAGCUCUAGAAAAUCGCUUUGA